AUGCUGAGGCUAACCAUUGUUGGCUUUGAUCAUCGCCUUGUUUUGACAUCUGUUCUCAUUUUGCUUGCCAUGAUGGAAUCUUUUUCGCAUGCUCGUCAAGUGAAGGAAGUGAGAACGUCGAUUGUAAUGCAUGAUGAGAAAGCUCUUGCAGAGGCCGACCCGAAAAACUUGUACGUUUUCCGAAAGGUAAAUCUUCAUCAACCGGUCCUAAAUCAAGCAGACAUGGAUCGAACAUUCGCAAGAAUCGGUAGGAAAAUGAAAAGUGAGAAAAUCGAAACAAGAAAAUCGAGCGAAAAUGGGAUGGCGAAAUUCGAAGAGCAAAAAAGCAAUAAAGGCUGCAAGAAAGUUAGAAUGGAAGCUCAUACUCUUGGAGAUCACAGUAGAAAAGAGAACUGGAGAGAGUAUAACAAGGCUUUUAGCUCGGAUUAUCGAACGCCAAAACCGCAUCCUCCGAAGAAUAACUGA